AUGCUGCGCCCAGCGGCGUGGCAGGAAGCUAUGCCUAACGAUACUGGUAGUGAUGCCGAUCGUUUGAAGGCACGUGGCGGUGCAUCACUUCGAAACUUUCAUCGUAGGCUUCGCGCCCUCUUGUUGUUCCUCUCACUUUUGAUUUUCCUGGAAAUACUCUGGACAUGCUCAAGGUCUACUCCGGCGACGAGAAUAUUGAAAGGAGGUGGGGGAUCUGAGCUAACCAAUACGUACAAGCAACGCGUCUACAUCGCAGCACUACACUACAAUGACGAAGAACUUCUGAGGAAGCAUUGGAUCCCGAGCUUGUUGGACUUGGUUCAGCAUUGGGAUCCUGAGAAUGUCUAUGUAUCGAUAACAGAGAGUGGAAGCUGGGACGGGACGAAGGAUGCUUUGAGGGACCUGGAUAAUGAGUUGGAGAAACUCGGUGUGGAGCGAAGUAUCGUCGUGUCAAAUCGUACUCAUGAGGAUGAAGUCACUCGCAAACCGGCUGCCAAUGAGACGGGAUGGAUCCAGACCCCAAGAGGAGAGCUGGAGAUGAGAAGAAUACCAUUCCUGGCAGCCCAACGGAAUGAAGCCAUGAAAAAGAUUCAGCAACUUGCCUCCAGGACCGAGAAUCCGAGGGUAUUCGACAAGAUUUUAUGGUUGAACGAUGUCAUCUUCAAGACUGAUCAAGUUACUGCCCUCAUCAAUACUCGACAUGGCGACUACGCAGCAGUCUGCUCGAUAGACUUCUCCCACCCUCCUGAAUUCUACGAUUCCUUUGCAACUCGAGAUAUCAAAGGACAAGCGCCAGUCACCAAUUUCUGGCCCUUGUUCAACGCUCCCGAAUCCUACAAAGCCGUCUCGACAUACUCCCCUGUACCUGUGCAAUCCUGCUGGAACGGUAUGGUAGUCUUUGACGCCAAGCCCUUCUACCACGAGCCCACUCUACAGUUCCGAGGCAUACCCGAUACCCUAGCAGCUAUGCAUGUCGAAGGUAGCGAGUGUUGUUUGAUACAUGUUGAUAAUACCCUGUCAAAGGAUAAAGGCGUAUGGUUGAAUCCCAAUGUCAGGGUUACUUACAACGAAGAAGCAAAUGAUGUCGUGAACCCGGAGAAAGGCGGUUGGCCCACUUCGAGCGGGAAAGUACAGGGGAUCUGGAGGAACCGAUGGGCGUGGUGGACCGGCUGGCCUUGGAGGUGGUAUGCGGAGAGAAAAGUGGAUAGGAAGUUGAAGGCGUGGGAACUUGGGGAGAAGGCUGAGGGAGAAGCGCUGCGGAACGAACCAGGCAGGAUAUGUUUGGUGGACGAGAUGCAGAUUUUGCUUGCAAAUGGAUGGAUGCACCUUUGAUCUUGACCACCUCGAAAGCGUGUCUU